UAUUAACAUAAUACAUGAUUAAAUGUUUUCCGUUUUCUUAGAAUUUCAAAUUUUUCUAUUAUUUUAAUGCAAGAAUAAAUCUAAAGCACUAGAAAUAUUGAGUGUGAAUGUUCGAAUUUUAAACAGUGUACCUGUAAGCAUGUCACGUUCAUAAAUGAAAUACCAAAUAUUGAUCAAACAAUUCUGUCUGAAGGACAGACGUUGUCAAAAAUCACUGAAACUUAAUAAAUAAUACUUGAAUUUAAAAAUGGAAUAUCCAGUCCUCCAACCAUAUGUUUUGUUGGGUUUAGAAAAAGGGAUACGUGGGAAUAUACAUUUUUUGACCAAUGAUGAAGUAAUUUACCCAGUUGGAACGGUGGUUACUAUCCAUAAUUACGCUGAUAAGAAGCAGAGGUACAUAAAAUUGGCAGAAAGGGGUAAAAACUUGACUCAAAUAAAUGUAAGCCCUAACAAGAAAAUGAUCGCCAUUUCUGAAAAAUCGGAAAAAGGUCCUGUCAUCACUCUCUGGGAUCCCGUGAUAUUCAGAAAAAGGAAAACUUUAACUAUACCAGCGGACAAACAAUGCCAGGCUACCGAGUUCGCACAUUUUCAAUUUUCUUACGAUUCGAAAUAUAUUGUUGCGAUCACAGGCGAGCCAGAUUGGACUCUGUACAAUAUCAAAUGUGAGAAAGGAAGGUUGGAGAGUUCCGCAAGAGCAAUUAACCUCAAUGGUACAGGAACAAUUGAAGAGGUUUCUUGUAAUCCAAACGACACCAACCAAGUAGCACUAUGUGGAGAUCAGGUUCUGCGUUGCAUGGGCUGCGUAGAUUUUAUAUGGAGACAAUUUGGAUAUAACAAACUGGAUCCUGCACACUAUACUAGUUGCGCUUGGUUAAGUCAGGACAGGCUUAUAGUAGGUAGCAACAAAGGAAAAAUUAUGAUCCUGGAAACCGGGGAAGUUAGGGCAGUUUUUCAUGCUUCUGAUUUACCUCUCAUCAACAUGAAGAUGGCUAGUGAGGAAGAUGGUGGGCUGAUAACAGAUCCAGCAUAUUACGACAACUUUGGAUUUGACAUAGCACCAUCCAAAGAGAAUUAUGAAAUAAAGUCGAUCACAGUUUUUCCAAGAGGAUUUGCAUUUGGAUAUAACAAUGGAAAAAUCCACGUAUAUGAAAAUGAAACCCAACAUAGAUAUACCAGACGUGGAUUCUUUCUUAUACCAGAUCGAAGCAUUGAAAGAGAUAACGAAGAAGAACCAGAAACGAUAACUACAGUGAAUUCAAUUGCCAUAAAUCCAUUUGGAGACAGGAUACUUGUGAGUUGUAACGAAAUGCAGUUGUGGACUGAAAGAAUAUUUGCUCACGAUGCGUAUACUGGUCGCGCUAUUGACAUGAAACCUUUUGGAUACGAACAACAUUUGGGUCCUAUCGCUGAUAUCGCUGUAUGCCGCUGGAAACCAAUUGCACUGUCUAUAGGAGCUUUGGACCGAACUGUAAAAGUCUGGAACUACGAAACUGUAACCAUAGAACUCAUACAAGUAUUUGAAGAUGAUAUUUAUUCGGUAGAUCUUCAUCCGACAGGACUAUAUGCAAUUAUGGGUUUCUCAGACAAACUUCGUUUUAUGACAUUGAUGAUCGAUGAAAUCAUAAUAACAAAAGAGUUUAACGUCAGAGCGUGCGCGAAAUGCCGAUUUAGUCGAUUGGGACAUUUGUUUGCAGCGACAAAUGCGAAUGUAAUUCAAGUGUUUUCCACAGUAACAUUCGAACUAAUGUACAGUCUUAAAGGACACAACAGUCACAUAACUGGUCUAGAUUGGUGCGCUAACGACAGUACUUUAGCAAGUUGCGGUGUCGAGGGUGCACUGUACCUUUGGGAAGUCGUCAAAAGUGCUAGAGUUAGCGAAACUGUCGUAAAAACAAAUCCAGCAACAGGAAUACGAAUUUUAAAUGAUGGAAAAGGGUUUUAUUCCGUCGGAAAAGAUGGACACAUUCGGGAGAUCAUGAAUGCAGUUGUUCAACGAGAUGUCUGUAUGCCUGUAUCAACUCAUAUUGAUGUACUCAUUUUAUCGGCUUUAGAUAAUAUGAUGUUUAUCACAGCAAACAAUGGUACUAUUUUCAUAAUACAGUUACCCCUUCUUGAGAAAGCAGAGUAUUCAGAAGUUACUUUGCAUAGAUCAUCUGUCCUUAAGGCAGUUUUAUCUUUUGAUGACAAGCACCUUAUCAGCGGUUCCGAAGACGGUUGCAUUUUCUUCUGGAAGCUCGUAAAUGCAGAAGACAAAGCUAUUUCUAAAUUCGAAUUCAUAUCGUAUAACGAAAUUCUCAUAUCCAAACAAAUUUUAGACGAGAAAAUGGAACAAAUUAAAAAUCUAACGCUCAGAAUGAACGAAUUAGAAAACGAACAUUCCUAUCAAAUGAAACAGAAUGACGCGUUGGCAGCAUCUAAGCUGAAAGAUAUUCAUGAAAGCUAUUGUAGUGCCAUUGAAGAUUUAAAAUUAAAAAAUGAGCAAAUGGAAGGGGACCAUAUUCAAGAAAUCAACAACAUAAAUAGCAUAAUUGCAAAAAUGAAACGUGAUCAUACUGAUUUCAUUGAAAAGUUAGAAGCCAGCUAUAACGAAAAGCUCAUGUCAGAAUAUGAAAAAUUUUUAGCUUACGAACAAAAAAUGGAUGCCAUGAUUAAAGAUGCUCAGAAAAGAUACGAGGAUCUAUUAAAGGCAAAGGAAGCAGGCGAAAUAUCGUUGAUUGAAGACUAUUCAAAUCAACUAGCUGAAAAAGGUGCUGAAUAUGAUAAAUUAAUGAACGAUCACCUGCAACAAGCUAAAGAACACGAAAUGAUUAAACAACAAAUUGAAGAUGACGCUGACAGGGAAAUAUUUGAAUUAAAGGAAACUCAACAAAUGAAGCUAAAGGAAGAACAAGACACCAACAUGAGACUGAUCAGCGACAUAUCGAACAUGAAAAAACAAUACGUAGUAGCUCAAAGGGAGGUUGAAGAAUAUAAGCAAAAAGUGUUCAGUAUGGAGAAUGAACAAACCAAAUACAAAGGAUUCAUUAUGAGUUUGGAACAAGAUAUCAACGAUAUGAAGAAAGAGAUUCAAGAGAGAGAUCAAACGAUAGAAGAGAAAGAAAAGAGAAUAUUCUCGUUGAAGAACAAAAAUCAGGAAUUGGAGAAAUUUAAGUUUAUUCUAGAUUUCAAAAUAAAAGAAUUGAAAUCGGAAAUUGAACCUAAGGAGAGAACAAUCACAGAACAGACAACCCAAAUUAAUAAAAUGGUUCGAGAAUUGGAAAAUCUUCAAAAAAUUAUAUUGGGUUUGGAUUUACAACUGGAACAACUUAGAGAAAAACUAAAUGCUUCGAAUAAUGAAGUUAAAAAGGAAAUGGACAAAAACAGAUUAAUGAAAAAAUCUUUACAGGAUAUUAGAAUUGACAUACAUCAAGCUAGUGGAUUAAUUCAGAACAUACCCUUAUUACAAAAGGUUGUAAGGAACAUGUAUCAUAAAUAUAAUGCAGAUAAAGAUUUCGAAGUUGCUCAACAAGAAGACACGGAAGCAAAGAGUGAAUUCUUGCGCCAAAGAGAUUUCUUAGAACGAGCAGUGUCUACCUUACAUUAUCAGGCUACAAAGAAUACGAACUCGCUAAGUUACGACAAGGUGAGAUUGGUAGACGAAAACGCCGCGUUACUGGAAGAAACAAAUUUAUUGAGAAAAAAUUUACAAUCAGAAGUGGAACAAAAUCGAAAACUUACAUCUUUGGCAGGCAUGUCACGUAUGACGGCGCAGCAAGCUCAGCAACGUGUCAAUUUUGCUACUGCUACUAAUAAAGAAAUACAUAAACAAUACAAAGAAUCAUUGGAACAAAACGCAAAGAGUCUGACGGCGAUGAAAAACGAGAACUUCAGAUUGCUAACAAAAAUUACAGAAAUGGACACAGAAAAGAAAUGAUAUUGAUAGAAUUAUGUUUUAAUUGUAUAUUUAUAAUGAUCGCAAAUAUAAAAUAUUUUUUUUUUGGA